AUGUCGAAGAGACCAGCAGAGCUGUCGCUUGAGGAGGAGCUUCCCGUAGGCUCCCCUCUCUCGAAGAAAGUUCGCUUGGAGGAUGAGGAUGACCCUCGCAUUGGCGCGGUACCCGCGCAACGAGCACCCGGCCAAGAGCGGGAGCAAGAUGAGCGCAACGGACAGGAUGUGCUCGCUGCGGCUGAUAUAGAGCAAGAAGAGCUGGAAGAAGCAGCUCAGGAUGGCCUGGAGUCCUCAGAUAUCGAUGAUGAGCUUCAAACCCUUACAGCUCCCAAACGGCAAAGUGAGCCCAUGGAAGGCUACAGCGACUUAUACCUCGAUACGAUCAAUCGGAUGAUCUUGGACUUUGACUUCGAGAAGCUUUGUUCAGUCAGUCUUUCAAACAUCAAUGUUUAUGCCUGCCUCGUUUGUGGUAAAUACUUCCAAGGGAGGGGGCCCAAGUCACACGCAUACUUCCACGCCUUGGAGGUGGGACAUCAUGUCUUUAUCAACAUCGGAACGAAGAAGGUCUACGUGUUACCGGAAGGAUAUGAGGUCAAUAGCAAGAGCUUGGAUGAUAUAAAGUAUGUGGUUGAUCCGCAUUUUGCAAAGGAGGAAGUCUUGAAGCUUGACAAGGAGGUCCACGAUGCCUGGGAUCUUUCUGGGAAUAAGUAUAGACCAGGAUUUGUGGGUAUGAACAACAUCAAAGCCAACGAUUACUUAAACGUUGUUGUCCAGGUUUUGGCACAUGUUCAUCCGAUUCGAAACUUCUUCCUGCUACAUCAAUUUCCCACUCCCGGAACCCCUCAGCUUGCCCUGCGAUUCAGUACAUUGGUUCGGAAAUUAUGGAAUCCCAAGGCUUUUCGAUCUCAUGUAUCGCCGCACGAAUUGUUACAGGAAAUUGCACUGCGGUCAUCCAAACGAUUUACUCUCACCCAACAGUCGGACCCGGUCGAGUUCCUAUCCUGGUUUUUGAACAACCUUCAUCUUUCUUUGGGCGGAUCUAAAAGGCCGACCGCGAGUCCAACCAGCGUGAUCCAGGCGGCCUUCCAAGGCCACCUUCGAAUUGAAAGUCAGGCGAUCACAGCGCAUUCAGAUACCCAAAAUGCCCGCCUGGUUUUCACCGAAUCCGGAGACAUUAAUUCACAAAAAACCCCUUUCCUCAUUCUGACGCUGGAUUUGCCGUCUACACCUCUUUUUCAGUCUGCCAACAGGGAGUCGAUCAUUCCUCAAGUGCCUCUAACAACUCUCCUUAACAAGUAUAACGGCAUCACAGCGUCAGAGAAGCUGGACCACCGUGUGCGACACCGGCUUCUUCAUCCACUCCCACCCUAUCUUCUGUUCCAUAUCAAACGGUUCAGCAAGAACCGUUUCGUCUCGGAACGUAACCCCACCAUCGUGACGUUUCCCUCACCUCGGUCCCUUGAUAUGUCACCCUACGUGGAGCCAAAUCCCGAGCUUUGGCCUGUCGGGGAACCAAUCCUCUACGACCUUGUUGCAAAUAUCAUUCUUGACCCCACUGUCGCAGUUCCAGGAGCAACUGACGAGGCUGCCGACAAGGGUGUCAGCGCCGCAGCUGGGGCACCCACAAGCGGUGCCGGUGCAGGAAGUGAGAAGGUGUCUUGGCUCGUUCAGCUCAACGACAAAGCAAUGGCUGCUGAGAAUACGCGACACCAGGGCCGCGAUCGUGCGGGUGAGCAACAGCAGAGGGGGCCCGAGUGGCUUGAGAUCCAGGAUUUAUUCGUCAAGCGCGCAGAAAGCGAGACCUUGUUUACGCGCGAAGGCUACCUAAUGGUGUGGGAACGCCGGAAAGUACCCAGCACCGCAAAUAAGGGGAAAGGUUCUGCUCGGGCGAAGAAGUAG